GGUGUGUGCACCUGUCCCGAUCCGACCAAGAGGACAACGGUCAGUUUGCUGUGAAGUACCGUUACUUUAGAUCAUUUCCCUCCUAAUCUCAUGAAACUGAAGCGCAGCAGUUCUGCUCUAAAUGCGCAUGAUGAUCAAGUCUUUGGAGUUUCGCCUCUGAUCCCGCCCUUCGUCAUUCAUGUCGGUAGAAAUGCGCAACUCUUCCUCUCAGGGCGCAGCGCUUCUGGAGUCCUGCAACCUGUCUGUCUGCUCCGAACCCAGCGCCGCUGCAAGCCUUCCUUUCUCCUCCUCUUCCUCCUCCUUCACCUCCCCCUUUCCCCUCCGCUGCCUCCCAGCCCCGCAGGUUCAAUCUGUGCCCCUGUUUCCUGUCACAUGGGCUGGAAAUCGGAUCCUUGUUUUCUACUAUCUGGUGUCUUUGUGGUGUCAGUGGAGCUGGAGGACCAGCCUACAAGUUCAGGGACUUUAACUCCGGAGCGUCAGUCAGUCAGUCAGUCAGUCAGUCAGUCAGUCAGUCAGUCAGUCCAGGUCGGCGUGCGCAUCCGGCUGCUCUCCAGUCCACCUGAGAUUUUCAGACUUUUACGCACCAUGGACUCCUGCGGGGUCUCCUCCACGCUCCUGCUCGCCGGCUUCCUUUGCUCAGCGGCUCUGAGUCACUUUGACACCGAGUGUUACACCGCCAACGGCGAGGACUACAGAGGCCUCCAGAACCAGACCAGCCUCCAGGCUGGCAAACCCUGCCUCUUCUGGAACGAGACCUUCCAGCAUCCGUACAACACCCUAAAGUAUCCCAACGGAGAGGGAGGUCUGGGGAGCCACAACUACUGCAGGAAUCCUGACGGAGACGUGCAGCCGUGGUGCUACAUCGCAGACCACGAGGACGGGAUCUACUGGAAGUACUGCGACAUCCCGACAUGCCAGAUGCCGGGCAACCUGGGCUGCUUCAAAGACAGCGGUAACCCACCCACGCUCUCCGGCGCCAACGAGAUCUCCAACAAGCUCACCAUUCAGAACUGCAUCAGCUUCUGCCGGAAGCAGAGAUACAGGCUCGCUGGGAUGGAGUCCGGAUACGCCUGUUUUUGUGGAAACGAGGUGGAGCUGCAGGACCACGGCGAGUCGGCCGGCAUGGACUGUAACCACGUCUGCUUCGGGGACCAUACGCAGCCGUGCGGGGGGGACGGCUGGGUCAUCGUCUUCGACACUCGAGUGGGCGCCUGCGGCGGGAACUACACCUCCCCAUCUGGAGUCAUUUACUCCCCCGACUUCCCCGACAAAUACAGUGCGAGUCGUGUGUGCUACUGGACCAUCCAGGCACCCGGAUCCUUCGCCAUCCUCUUCAACUUCACCUUUUUUGACAUCUCCGACCAGGCGGACAUGGUGGAGCUUUUGGACGGUUACACCAACCAGGUGAUGGCUCGCUUCGACUGGCGCAGCCCCCCACGGGAGCUGGUGAACAUCACCGGCGAUUUCGUCAUUCUGUACUUCUACUCGGACCGCACCAACCAGGCGCAGGGCUUUGCACUGCUCUACCAAGCGCUCCGAAACCAGGAGACUGGAACAAUAGAAGGCCAUGACGGCGUGAAGGGGGACGUUCGGAGCACGGCGAAGCCGGCGCCGGCCGGCAUCACGGAGAGAUCCAACGGCACGUCCAACGGGCAUUCCACCCAGAUCCUCUUCAUCACGUCCAGCCCCGGAAAACCGGAGCACAACAUGCCAGGUCAGUGGGCUGGACCCGGCGAGACCACUAUGUGGACCAUCUACGCUCUGGCAGCGCUCCUCAUCCUCACCGUCCUCGCCAUGGUCGCCAAGCUGCUCCUGCACGUCUCAGUCAAGUCCCCAACCAUCCCGACUGUCAGCGGUUCUGACGGCUGCGGCCCGGGCCCGGUAUCCUCUGAGCCGUGGAUCAUCCUGUACCGACCAUCCACCAUCUCCCUCUUCAAGAAGAAGCUGAAGAAUCACCAUGGAGACCUCAGCCCCCUGGUGGGCAACUAGCGGUGCCGCCACCCCGACACCCCCACCUGGCAAGAACACUGUGUGACGCCACCGUCUGCCAGAGCGACUGCAGCGGGGGGCUUCAGACUGCCCCCCAAUACUCGCACCAAAGAGGAGGGGUGAGGACUGCAGCAGGGGGGGUCUGCAGCAAACUGUGGGAACAUGACGAGCAGACCGGUCCAGUAGUACCUCCACCCGCCAAGACUGAAUCUGUUUCCUGUUUCCUGAUGGGGGGGGGGCAGGACAAAAUUACAUCACAGCACUUCAGCCAAAGGAUGCCCCCACCACCACCACCACCACGCUGUCGUGUGUGUGUGUGGGGGGGGGGGGGGGGGCACAUGCAUGUCUGUGGAGAUCUGAGAUCUUUUUUCUUCACCGCCGGGGGGUUGAAGAUCGUCCAGUUCAAGUGCCUUAAGGACCUCGUCUUCCUCCAUGAAGAUCUCAGAUAUGGAGAGCCUGCCCCCCUCCCCAUGUAAAAUCACCCUGCUAUCUUCUCUGGUGGGGGCCGGCAGGUUCCUGUGGUCUUUUACUGAACAUAUUGUUCACACAAAUCUUUUCUGUUUUCAGGAGACCAAAGGUCCAAACUGGUGUCAAUAUUUGUAAAAAAAUUCUGUCUGGAACUGAUAUUUAUGAAGCUCCAAGAGCUCGUCUGACUUUUUACAUGUCACUCAAAUGUCUAACACAUGCUCCGGAGGACGCCGCCUCCUACGCUGCUGAGAGCUCAACGCCGCCGUGUUUCCUCCCUGACAGGUUACACACCUAACCUGCACUUAACGACGCCGCCACUUCCUGAUUCAGCGUGAAAGCAGAACACAAACGCAUCAGCACUUCAGACAGAGGAGGCUCUCUGAGCGCGCUCAGACCAAACGGGGGCUAACCAAAGCUGACACUGCGGAUCCAGUGUUUGCAUUGCCCUUUGAACUAUGCAAACCGCCGUUUUCUGCUCUGUGCGCUCGCCAGUCGGAACAUUCCCAGGAGAGAACGCGCUUUUCCCCAGAUCAUCGUGAAAGUCCCCCAAAUGCACAAUGACAGGAAAACAAACCAAAACUUGUUUUGGAGGAGCUGUAAAUAGCAGGAUAGUCAAAAGUUUAAUUUAUACAGUAAAUUAUUCUUAUUUUGUAAGUGAAUGGAAUAUAAUCUAUCUUUUGUAUACGUGAAGUAUCUGUAGUUUUAUUUAAAGUGUCCUGGUUGCAGAAUAAACACUGUAUGCAUGUUUCUUAA